UCCGGAAGUCCGUGUCCCCCCCAAGAUGGCGGCUGCGCCGAACCCGGAAGUACGGAGAGGCGGCGGCGGCCGCCGGGCGGGAGCUUGAGUCCCCCCCCUCACCGGGACGCAGGACAUGGUGCAGGGUGAAGAGCACAGAUAAAGACCUUUCCGCCACUCCGUAGCCUGCCCCGAGGACUUCAUGCGGCAGGACGCGGGCUGAUGCCCUCAGCACACCCUGCCAUGGACGGGGGGCAGAACUACCCGCAGCACGAGCACCAGCAGUCAGGCAAUACCCUCUACAGCAUCCCCGGCCUCCGCUCCCAGCUCGCCGUGCCAGCCAUGGAGAAUUCCAUGCUGGCUGCCGACUCGUGGAGUAGCUGCUACCCUGCCUCUUUUCCAACCUCAUCCUUCCCAAGUGAAAACCAGCAAUAUUUUAAUUCCUCUCACGAUUUUUAUAUGAAUCCCAUCAGCAGACCACAUUUCUUGGAUACAAACUAUGCAUCUGUGGACCCCACUGACUUCUUACCAAAAAAUGGUGAUUUUCCUCAGGAUUCUUCAUACCUCGAUGAGCUCUCCAACAACAACUCCCUCUUCUCGUCCCCUGCGGAUUCCCUCUCUGACAUUGCGGAUCCCAAGAACUUCUUGUCUAACGACAGUCUGAACCACGUGCCAACACUAUGGGAUGUAAACACGCCGCAGCAGAACCAAAUAGAGCUGUUCUCGCCCAGCAGAUCGUUCUCUGGCUUAAACAGUUCGAACGACCACGUUCCUGCUGUCCCCAACACCCCGCUCCUCAUAAGCUACCAGUCUCAGGCUCCUGCAGAGGAGGAGGAUGAAGGUGAGGAGGAAGAAACAGAAGAGUUGGGGCAAACGGAGACCUAUGCAGAAUAUAUACCUUCAAAGUCCAAGAUUGGGAAGCACCACCCUGACCUCGUGGUUGAGACGAGCACCCUGUCCAGCGUCCCCCCACCCGACAUCACCUACACCCUCUCCCUGCCGCGCUCCGUUGCCGACAAAGGGUCCCUCUCUGCACUACAGCUGGAAGCAAUCAUUUACGCCUGCCAGCAACAUGAAGUUCUGUUACCCAACGGGCAGCGAGCUGGGUUCCUCAUUGGGGACGGUGCUGGCGUUGGAAAGGGCAGGACAGUUGCGGGCAUCAUCUUUGAAAAUUAUCUUAAAGGGAGGAAAAAAGCUCUGUGGUUCAGCGUCUCCAAUGAUCUCAAGUAUGAUGCCGAGAGAGACCUGAAGGACAUUGAAGCCUCCCACAUUCCUGUGCAUGCUUUGAAUAAGAUUAAAUAUGGCGACACAGCUACCUCAGAAGGAGUCCUCUUUGCCACUUAUUCUGCGCUGAUCGGUGAAAGCCAGGCAGGCGGGCAGCACAGGACACGCUUAAAACAAAUUUUGGACUGGUGCAGGGAAAAUUUUGAUGGAGUUAUUGUGUUUGAUGAAUGCCACAAAGCCAAAAACGCCAGCUCUACUAAAAUGGGCAAAGCAGUGCUGGACCUUCAGAACAAACUGCCUCAAGCAAGGGUUGUUUAUGCCAGUGCCACAGGUGCCUCUGAGCCAAAAAACAUGAUUUACAUGAGCCGCCUGGGCAUCUGGGGGCCGGGCACCCCUUUCAGAGCGUUUGAUGAGUUCCUGCAUGCAAUUGAAAAGAGGGGAGUUGGUGCAAUGGAGAUCGUGGCAAUGGACAUGAAGGUCAGUGGAAUGUACAUUGCCAGGCAGCUCAGUUUCACUGGAGUGACCUUCAGAAUCGAGGAGAUCCCGCUGGAUCAACAGUACAAGAUUGUCUACGACAAGGCAGCGAAGCUGUGGGCAGAGGCCUUGAUGGUGUUCCAGCAGGCAGCCGACUGCAUCGGCUUGGAGUCUCGGAAGUCCUUGUGGGGUCAGUUCUGGUCAGCUCACCAACGCUUCUUCAAGUAUCUCUGCAUUGCUGCUAAAGUCCGGCGACUCGUUGAGCUUGCCAAGGAGGAGCUGGCGAAGGACAAGUGUAUCGUCAUCGGCCUGCAGUCCACCGGGGAGGCUCGCACCAGAGAAGUCCUGGACGAGAACGAUGGGCAUCUAAAUUGUUUUGUCUCUGCUGCAGAAGGCGUCUUUCUAUCACUAAUUCAGAAGCACUUUCCUUCAACCAAAAGAAAGAGAGAAAAAGGAACUGGCAUUAAAAGAAAACCAGGGAAGCAGAGGGGCCGCUGCGCCAAGGCUCUGAAGGGCGUGUGUGACCUCACGGGCGUCAUCAAGAUCAGCGAUGACAGCAGCACCGACUCCGACAUGGGGCUCGACAGUGACUUCAACUCCUCCCCGGAGUCCGUGUUUGAGACGGACGAUGUCAUCUUCGUUGAGCACACCUACAACGGCUUCGCAGCUGACGACAGAAGUAAUUUUCACGUGCUGCCUUCUCGGAAAGAUAUGCAUGGCCUGCGAGAACUAGAACAUGUGGAAAAGAUGAAGCAGGAUCUCCUAACAAAAGUAAAAGCACUGGGCAAAGAGCUACCUCUCAAUACCUUGGAUGAACUGAUCAAUCACUUCGGGGGCCCGGAGAAUGUGGCUGAGAUGACGGGGCGGAAGGGCCGGGUAGUUUGCAGACCGGACGGCUCCGUCAUGUUCGAGUCUCGUGCAGAACAAGGCCUUUCUAUAGACCACGUCAACCUGAAGGAGAAGGAGCGUUUUAUGAAAGGGGAAAAGCUUGUAGCAAUAAUCUCCGAGGCCUCCAGCUCAGGUAUCUCUCUCCAAGCAGACAGAAGGGUGAAAAACCAGAAGCGCCGGGUGCACAUGACGCUGGAGUUGCCCUGGAGCGCAGACCGGGCCAUACAGCAGUUUGGUCGAACACACCGAUCGAACCAGGUUUCUGCUCCGGAGUAUGUCUUCCUUAUCUCUGAGCUGGCCGGGGAGAGGAGGUUUGCAUCCAUCGUGGCAAAACGUCUGGAGAGCCUCGGUGCCUUAACUCACGGAGACCGACGGGCCACCGAAUCCCGAGAUCUCAGCAAGUACAACUUUGAGAAUAAGUACGGGGCUAAAGCGCUAGACAGAGUUCUCUCCACUAUCCUCAACCACACGGAGAACAGAGUUCCUGUGCCCAAGAGCUAUGACAGAGGGGAGGCUGCGUUUUUCCAUGAAAUGAAGCAAGGUCUCAUCUCCGUGGGGAUCUGCUGCAAUCAGAUGAAGUACGGCACCGUCUCGGUGGAGAAGGACUGCUCCAUCACCAAAUUCCUGAACCGCAUCCUGGGUCUGGAGGUGGACAAGCAGAACAUGCUCUUCCAGUAUUUUUCUGACACCUUUGACUAUCUGAUUGAAAAGGACAAGAAGGAGGGCAAAUACGACAUGGGCAUCCUAGAUUUAGCCCCAGGAGUGGAUGAGAUCUACGAGGAGAGCAAGGAGGUUUUCCUGACCCCUGGGCACCCGCAGGAUGGGCAGGUCGUGUUUUAUAAGAUCAGCGUCGACAGAGGCUUAAAGUGGGAGGAAGCCUAUGAGAAGUCACUCAAACUGACAGGAUCCUUCGAUGGGUUCUACCUCUCCUGCAAGAUGCGAGGCCGCAGAUACACCUGUCUGCUGGCAGAGCAGAGCCGCGGGAAGAACUUCAUCCUCUACAAGCCAAAUAUUGGGAAGCAAAGCCAGCUGGAGAGCCUGGACAGCCUGCAGAAGAAGUACCGGCGGGUGCUGCCUGAGGAAGCCAAGAAGCACUGGGAGAGCAGUUACAAAUUCUCCUUGACGAAUUGUAACCAUGCCGCCUGGAAUGGGAGCUGCAAGCUGAUCCAGGAGAGGAAGGAGUGCUUCCAGGGCAUGCGCCUGCGUCACUACUACAUGCUGUGCGGGGCCCUGCUGCGGGUCUGGAGCAAGAUCGCCAGCAUCAUGGCAGACAUCACCAACACCAGCUACCUGCAGAUUGUCCGCCUCAAGACCAAGGAGAAGAAGAAACAAGUCGGGAUAAAGAUCCCCGAGAGCUGUGUCCGUAAGGUGCUGGAGGAACUGAAGCAGAUGGACGAGAAUGUGAAGCGAAAGCACAACCAAGAGCAGAGCCCGCAGUUCUCCCUGCCGCUGCCCAUGCUGUCACAGCCCCCGGACCUCACGCAGACGGGGCCCGGGGUCCCCCUGCCCAGGCACUCCCUGUGCCAGGACGAGAUCCUGGACUUGACCUGCAGCCCUCCCAGCAACAGCAUUCCCGACGUGGUGAUGAACCCAGAGCUCGGUAUGCUGUGCUUGCCCUCGGAGCCCCUUCUCCAGCCACACCAGCAGCACAGGUUACCCUUUGGCUUCAGCCAUCCUUCUGCCUUCGAGAGCCCGGCUCCCGUCCUGGAGGGCAACGUGCCUCUGAGCUCCUCGCUGCAUGAACCCCUGCCCCUGCCUCACCCGGCACCCCUGCAGACACUGCAGCAGCAGCAGCAAGAAGAUUUUGUCCAACAGGAUGGGAAUAUCAAUUUUAGAGAGAUCCUGGAGGAGAUGUUAAGGACGUUCAAUGGGGCCCACCAGGAGAACAUGCUCCCCCAGGAGCGCCAGAGCGUGAUCCAGUUCAGUGGGCCUUUCCCAGACUUCUGAAAGCCAGCUGGGCGCGCCAGGUGGUGCUCGGCUACUGUGGAUCCACAUCCUUUGGUGCAGAGGUGAGAGCUGGGGAGCCCCGGCUUUUCUACUGGUCUGGACUGACCCUUUUCUGGUUUUGAGGGAAGAAAAAAAAAACAACCCACAAAACAUAUAGUUCCUUAAAGCAAAGUUUAUUUAUAUAUAAUAUACAGUCAGGCAUGUAUAGAUUUGUAUAUAACACGCGCUUGGGGGGAGUUGAGUGCUGCCAAGUUCAGCUGAUCUGGACUGAUGGUCUCUGCUGUGUUCGAGUCCUGCUCAAAGGUCAGUGCCCGUGGAGGACUGAGGAGAGCCCCCCCCUGCUCCUCUGUGCCCGUUUCCCUGCAGACUACUGAGUUUCCGAGCUGGGUCGUGCCUUCCCCUGGCCCUCCAGCCCAGAGAGCUGGUCCCCCCGAGAGCUGGCUGACCAAACGGUGUCUGCAUCGCCUGCUGCCACCUUUCCUCUUGGGCCGCCCCAGCGCUGCCGUGGACCUCGAGGCUGCUCUGGAGGGCUGGGUCUGAAGGCGGGGGUGAGGGGAAGGGAAUGGUGUCCCCGAGCUCCGGUGUCCCUCUGUGCAGGGCUGAGCAGGCAAAGCUGAGAAAAGCAAAACCGCGCCUGCUCUGCCCUCCCCGGGCAGGGACACCGACACCUCUGGGGCUGCCUGAGCUCCGCGGGAGAAGGCAGGAGCUGGCUGCACCCGCGCCUCGUUUGUCAAUAUGGUGGCAAAGCUCGCGAGUUUGUCAGAGCUCCGCCAUGCCGGGACCACGGGGGGAUUCCCCUGAGCAGAAGGGCCCUGUGCCCAGCAGCCUGUCCUGCACUUUAGCCUCGCCGGGUCGCUGUGGCUGGCUGUGCUUUGUCCCCACUUCUUGCUGUCGCGGGGUGUCCUUUCAGCUGGCCAUCUCACCGGUCUUGUCCUGUCGGGCUUGUCCUUGGCUGGGCCACGGACACAGGAUCCCUGUGGGUCCCCAGCCCUGCCCUCCGCUCACCUCGGUGAGAGCUGCUCCCGAGCCCCAGAAGGGAAGAGUUCCCAGGCGAGCACCGGGGCUGCGCAGCGUCGCUGCUCAUGCUGCAACUUCACCCUCCAGUACCAAAGAGCAAAGUUCUGCUUUGCAAAAAGCACUGCCCCAGACAACCCACUGCCCCUCAGCCGGGAGCGGCUGGGCAAGCUGCCCCGCCACAGAGGUAGCCCCCAGCCACUCCUGCCACCAUCCCUGUUCCAGCAGCAUCUCACCUCGGCAGGUCCCGGGGAAACUGUCUCUUGUUUUCUCUUUAACCAAAGGAGUCUGGCAGGAAGCUGCCUGCUGGCAGGAACGCUCCAGGCCUGGCAGCUCCUCCGCAAGCCUCCCCUCUGCUCUCUUUCUUUUUCUUUGCCUUGAGUCGUCGAGGUGUUUCCUAGAAGUGGCACCAGGAUGUUUUCAGGGGAGGGACACGAGACCUUCCCUGGCUGGGACACCGGCCCUUCCUCGGGGAGGACCUGGGGAAGGAUGUCCAGCCACGAGAGGCCUCUGCUGGGUCCCCCAUGCCCUGACAGGUCAGCCUUGAGGGGGCUGGUGGAGCCCCCUGCUCCAGGCAGAGAGCCUGACCCCCCACCGUCCCCCCCCCAGGGCCCAGGGACGGGCCGAGUGCCCUGUUUGCUGCUGGGAGGCGCUUUGGGUCAGUGUCCGCGGUGUUCGUGCUCCUGCUGAGACGGGACCUGCCCCCCGUGGUGCAUGGGUGGGUUCGGUUUUGAGGUUGCUCUGGUCCCUGCCCUUCGUUUUGGGGGCUUCUCCUUGCCCCCCACCCUCCCCAGCUGGCACCUGCCUCCCGCCAGCCCUGGGUCAGCCCUGCCCUCGGGGCCGCGUUUUACUGCAUUCAAGGAAACCUUGAAACCUUACCUCAAAGUGAACACCAAAGACGGGGAGCCCCUGCGGGCCCCCCCCCACCGGGGCCCUGCUGCUGCCCCGAGAGGUUUGUGCUUGUCCCGCAGCUUCGCUCGCCUCUCGCCGCGGGGCCGGCCGGGCAUCGCCGCUUUCUGGGGUGCCGCGACAGCCUUUCCCUCGUCCCGGAUAGACCAAGGCUCUCCCCGGCCCCACACCCUCCUCUAUUUAAAAUAUCUCCCAGCCCACACCACUCGUGGGGAGGCCCCGGCUUCACCCCCUGCCCCCCCCGGCCCCAUCCCGGUUCGUUCGCUCGACGCUCGCUGAAUUCACAGCGAGGAGAGGAAAGGACACCGGGGAAAACCCAUUAUCAGAGAGGCUUAAACUCAGGAACAGCGAGGAGGAAUUCUCCCGCUAGGCACCCUCCGCCAGCCACUGCUCCGCCGUCACCCGGAGCCUUUCCUGGUGGCUUCGACGUUAAUUUUAAAAAAAUAUAUGCAAUUCUCCCUCCCUGAUCUCUGGAAAGACAGAGAGCACCUUCAAGAAAGCCCUUCCCUGCCCCGAUCCUGUGUUUUUGUCAGGGUUAAUAAUAUGUAACAAUAUCUUUUAACUAAAUUAUUAUGCAGUUGUCCUACUGAUUGUAUGUAUUUUUAAAUGAGUCCCCUUACACCUUUUUGUUAGCACUUUUUAAUCCGCUUGUUGUUUGCCUUUGUUUUUCUAUGUGUAUUUAUAAUUAAUUGAGAUGUAUAUAUGUAAAGAGAUUUUUUUUUUUUUAGAAUAUGUGCCUUUGACUAAUAAUUCCUGAAUUUUCUACUUGCCUCAGAAGGAUAAUUUUGCAUUCUGCUCAGUAAAAAUGGAAAGGAAGCCACAUA